GGGCACUAACCGAAGUAGGCGGAAAGGGGUCAGACAAGCCUUGAAGAAGCAAUGCCGGGCAAGCAGUCAGAAGACGGGGUGGUGGAAGCGGCGGCUGUGGAAGAUGGGGGUGACGAAGGCCUGGGGGGCCUCACCGUAGAGGAGCUGGCGCAGGGCCAGGAGACUGCACUGGCCUUGGAGGACAUGAUGGCUCUGAGCGCCCAGACCCUGGUCCGCACUGACGUGGAGGAGUUGUACGAGGAAGUGCGUCCCUUGGGCCAGGGCCGGUUCGGUCGUGUCCUGCUGGUUACUCACCGGCAGAAAGCCAUCAUCAUCACCUUCAUUAUCCAUAGCACCAUUAUCAUACCCUUCACCAUCACCGCCACCGAUACCAUCAGCACUAUCAUCAUAUUAUCACCACCAUCUCAGAGUCACCAUAGGAUUGCCUUCACCAUCAUCACCAUCAUCGUGACCUUCACAAUCAACACCAUCCUCACCGCCAACACACCAUCACCACCGACAUCACUAUACUAUCAAUAG